UCAGUUGUUUUUGGCACUUCUUAAGUUAAAGGUAGUUUUUGGUAUGGAUAGUUCCAAAAACGGUGUCCGGGGAUCUUCCUUCAAGUACGGUCCAGCUGUCCGAAUCGGAAUCGCUGUCCUGGUGCUGCACACCGUCGGUUGGUUGGGCUGGAAGGCGGUUAAUCAGGGUACAGAAGCCAAAGAGGCGGCGGUAAAGGCCAAACAAGAAGAGCUACGAGCGGCAUUUGCGGAAAAGUGACAUAACUACGCGGCAUAAAUCAUAAUUUUGUUAACUAGCCAACAUAGACUGAGUGAAUUUUAAGUGAUUAUUGUUAAUAAUAUGAGAAGAUAAAAUAAUAUUUAAAUAGCAAGAGAAGUUUGUGAAUUUGUUAUGAAAAGUCGAUUUAAAGCUUUUAGUUUGUAGAAAGCUUUAGUCUGAGAAUGAUUGUUGAUAAUAAACAAAUUGUGAAUGAAAAUUAAAAAA